AUGAUUCAGGAUCUCCAGCUUGAUCAGAAUGGGAACUUUGGGCAACAUUUGGCCGAUUUUGUCUUGGAGUCGCUGGAGAAGCAGCUGCGGGAGGUCAGCGAAGGUUGUCAUGCAAAGCAGCAGUUGGACUCGUGGCAUCAUUCCUUCGAAGCAGCCAGGGCAAUGUUGAGAGGCCGCCUUGCUCUGAGCAACAAGCUCAAUCAAAAGCUGGGACUUCUAUCCUUCUUCAGCGACCUCAUUCCCUGUCUUCUCCUCCACCCCGGGGGCGACCGCAUUUUGUGCCAGCUUCUGUCCGAGGAUCCUCGGAGCCGGGGAGGACUGCAGAGGAAGUGCUUGAAGACCUUGGCUUCUCAACUUCGUGAUGGCUUCCAACCUAAUAGCAAUGACCUCCAACCUAAUAGCGAUCGUUCAACAGUCAUUUGCAGUGCUCGGAUUGCUUUGCAGCACAUCUUGGAAGAUAUUCUUUGGCCGUUGCGACAUGCUCGGGACGAUCAUGUGGCGCGAACCUUUGAAGAUGUGGUCACCUUUGUCUUGGACAUCGUGGAUAAUCAUGGCUUGUUUGCGGGCUGCUAUGAUGUUGUCACGCCUGCCUUAGGUGCGUCAGCAGUGCAAGCACUGCUGGAAGUGAUACAGCAAAAAUUGGACACUCAUCCACAACUGAUUCAGCUCUUCAGCAAAAGCUUCAGUCAUCGUGUGCAAGGCUGCAGUUCACAGGUGGAGCUGCCGCUGUCCUUGCAUGUUUGGAUUGAGUGGCCGCAGCACGACAGGCAGAUGAUGUCAACUGACCUGCCAAACUUGUUGUAUCUCGCUUUAUGCACUCCUGUUGGCCGCGAGUUGCUCAAAAUUGCUGAAGGAGCUCUGGCCAGAUUUCACCUGGACAGAGCCUCGAGCAGUGGAACAGCAUCUGGAGGCAUCUCCUUUCCUUUGGUGAGAUCGGUGGCAUUUUCUCAUCUCCUCCUGGAUGAAGUGGCAGCCAUCGUGGCCAACGGUCAGUGGACCUCGGAGGAGGCGAAAAACAUCCUGCAAGAUCUUUGUAGCUUGGGGAUCAACACACCAGAGAUGUUGCUCUUCUUCGAUGCCCUUGUUUCUCAUGCCGGUUCGACCGCUGCGGCCGGCCGCGCGCUGCGCCGCUUGCUGGACGUACGCUCGCCGCACAGCAACGCGGAGCUGAGCGACUGGGCUGGUGCGCUGGAGAAACCGGAGAGAGGUGUCGGCGAGGACCCCUGGGACGACCUGCCGGUGAAAGGAAUGCCGGGCUACGAGGAUGAGAAACGUCGGAGACAGCGCGAAGAUCAGGAACAGGAGCGGCUGGAUCAACUUCAGGUUUCACAGGGUGGGAGACAUUGCCCCCACUGCAAUCGAGUGAUCCAGCAGAAUGGCGGCUGUGACCAGAUGCUGUGUGGAGGCCAUGCUCACACCAACCCUUUGCAUCGGGAAGGUUGUGGCCGUGAAUUCUUUUGGUCGCAGGCCCGUCCCUAUCAACCCAGUGUGCUGGAAACACGACAGCCGCCCGGAUUUUCCGCCAUCGCCACCUGGCUCAUGGACACUGAUGACUUCAUCUCCGAUGUGGCCGACCGUGCUGCCGAGGUGGCGUUGCAUGGCUUGGCUCCGGCGGAUCGGCGCUAUGCCUUUGCCAAUGCAGCAGCCUGUGUCCUGUUGAAGCGUGGCCAGCAGAAGCCCAACUUGGCCCAGGCACUAAUGUCCAAGCAAAGCCUUCAAGCGACGCUGGGAUUUGAGGAUCCCAGUCUGGUUCCAGUGGCAGGGAUGCUUUGCGAUGCCUCUGCCGUGUCUGCAUCCAAAAGCCUGACUGCCAGUCUGCUGCUGGGCCGUGAUGGCUGGGAAAGCACCGUGGGCACAGCUCAGAAGCUCCGAAAUACGGUGGUGAACCUGCUGGUGGCAGUUCUGGGAGGCCCCGACAACAAUCACCUGAGUAUGCUUUUGCUGAAACCCUUGCAUAUGAUGAAUACCUUUCCUGUGGGCUUUGUAUUUGGAGAACUACCAGGACCCGAAGGCUAUCAUUUCGAUUGUGGUUGUGUGCUGGACCAGCAAGGGCGUGCCUCUCGCAACCGACCGCCCUUGGAAAACACCCACCUUCACUUUGUGAACUUCUGCAGCUGGGCGAUGCUCUCGGUGGGACUCCUGAUAUUCCCACAAACACGCGCGCAGAUCCAGGAGGUCUUGACGCUCAGGUACAUCCGAGAAGUCGAUCCUGAGGGGCUUAGUGAUGUGGCCGACGUGGCUUGCAGCUAUGCCAUGAACUUUGCGCUUCGCUGCUUCGAGUGCGUUGGACUGUGCCAGCAGCUUCCGGAGGAUGAUCGAGCCCUGUGCUUCUUUGAGCUCUUCCACCGGUUUCGUCAGCGUGCAGUUGGACUCCAUCCUGCACUUGCCAGAACCUUUGCUACAUCAGACACACGGCAUGUCUAUGAGGACGGGUGA